AUGACGACCAACAUGGACACGCUCGAGAGCAAAAGAGCCGCUACUGAAUCGACGCCUCUUCUGUGCUCGACGCAUGCAUCCCAUAAAUGUGCCUCCUACCCCUGGCUUGCACAAGGCGCCGAUAGUGAAGACAUGACUCGUUCGACCGAAUCGCGUGUCGCGCGCAUCCGCAUCGCUCUGCUUAGCAGUGGCGGUCUGUGCCUACUGCUCAUCUGGUUCUGCGCGUUGAGCAGCAAUGUUGACGCGGCUUGGAUAGUCAAGUUGGUGAUCGGGCAACAGUCUAGCGCUCGUGCUUCACACCUCGCUUCACGUUCUGUCAGUUCGACGUACGCGUACCAGCGUAUGUUGGCCAACAUCGGAGGUGCCUCGUCCACGGUCGGCGACAAUCAAGUGCCUAACGUCGAAACGGGCGCUGUGAUCGCCUCGCCUUCCACUGCACAUCCCGACUACUUGUACUCGUGGGUGCGCGAUGCAGCUCUCACCAUCAAGGUGGUCAUCUCACAGCCGACACUCGACCGAACGCUGGUGACCAACUAUGCCAAUGCCGAAUACACGCACCAGCAAAACGCAGCCAGAUCGGCUGCAGGCCAAGGCGAACCCAAGUUCAACGUCGACGGUUCGCUCUUCACGGGUGCAUGGGGAAGACCUCAGAACGACGGCGCUGCGUUGCGCGCUUCGGCUCUGAUGGCGUUCGCUAAGCGCAUCGGCCUGAACGACAGCUUCACAACAGGUACACUGUACAAACGCGAGCUAGGCUCGCCCAGCUUGAUCAAGACCGACCUCGAGUACGUGGCGCACCACUGGCAGGAUUCGAGCUUUGAUUUGUGGGAGGAAGUGGAGGGUGCCCACUUUUUCACACUCAUCGUACAGUGGAGGAGUAUGGUGGAUGGCGCCAAGUUUGCAAGUGCGAUCAACGAUGCGGGUGCGGCGAGCUACUACGACCAACAGGCGGCGGAAAUGCUGGUCAAGCUGCAGUCGUUCUGGGAUGCAGACAAGGGUUAUGUGCAGGCGUACCAAGGUGUUGGCAACAGAGAUGGGAUCGACUGUUCCGUGCUGCUUGGCUCACUCAAGGGGUGGGAUACAACAGACUACAACGCAGCUGUCAACGCGACGCUUUUCGGACCCGCUUCGGACAAAGUACUGGCAACACACAAAAAGUAUGUGGAUGCAUUCCGAUCAAUGUACGCGAUCAACGGCGGCGCUGCUGCUCCUGCAGCGGUGGCCACAGGGCGCUACCCAUCAGAUGUCUACGACGGCGAUGGAACGUCGCAAGCCAACCCGUGGUACAUCUGUACGCUCGCUGCUGCCGAAGUGCUGAAUACGGCGCUCAGCAUCGUUCGCGCUCGUGGCAGUCUGGAAAUCACCUCAACUUCGCUGGCGUUCUACCGGCAGUUCGCCUCGUCGGCCACUACAGGAAGCUUCUCCUCGACCUCGGAUCAGUACAUCACCCUCACUACCGCCAUCAAGCGUAUGGCUGAUGGAUUUGUGCAGAUCGUCAACCAGCACGCUUGGCACAACGGCAGCUUGAACGAACAGUUCAACCGCAACACCGGCUUCAACCAGGGCGCCAGAGAUUUGACCUGGUCCUACGCCGCAUUCGUCACAAACGACUGGGCAAGUCACAACAUGUUCCUCGUAACCUAG